GAUGAGGCUGAUUCCUCAUAAAUUCCGUGGAAAUCUGCAUUUCUACAUAUUAAUUGAUGGAUUUGAUGUUUUCCCAUGUUGCUGAAUCGGAAGGAGACUUGUCACAUGCGGAAUCAAAGCCGCUGAGCCACCCACCGACGGGCAAAAAACACAAGGGCUCGAGUUCUGCCACCAUUGUGGCUUCGUUUGUGAUCGUUGUCUGUAACUUGAAUAGCCUGGAAACCCAGACAUUCACAAGCCCAUCUGACCCCGUCAAGCACAGCAUUCCAGCUUUGCCCCACUGUUGCUCAAGAGGACGACCAAAUCGUUCCAGUUUUAGAGUGAACACUUGUCGCAAUGGGCAGUGCUGCGAGCAUCGUCCGGGCACCAAUUCAUGGAGCCUCCGUCGAUGAGGUGACGAAGAUCUUUGAAGAACUGCAUGAACCUGACCGGAAGAAGUUGCUGUCAGCCAUGGCUGCCAGCCAGAGUCAGAGGGCACGAUAUGGCGGCGAAUAUCUCAUUCACUGGGAUACGACAAGAGGUUUUGAAGGAAAGUUCUCCGGGGAUGAGUUUGUUGCUCAUGAUGGUGACCGUCGUGCAGUUUCAAAAAGUGAGAUCUACAAACUCGGAGAAGAAUGGAAGUGUGAUGAUCGGGUGUGGGCCUACUGGACGAAGGACAACAAGUACCUCAACUCCGGCAAGGUCACUGCUGUUGGCGCUGAGAAGAGCUAUGUCGAGUUUGAUGAUGGAGACAAGGGCCCUGUCCCGAAUGGCUGGAUUCAUAAAAUGGUCAGAAUUGGGAGCGGGACGGCACGAUAUGGCGGCGAAUAUCUCAUUCACUGGGAUACGACAAGAGGUUUUGAAGGAAAGUUCUCCGGGGACGAAUUUGUUGCUCAUGAUGGUGACCGCCGUGCAGUUUUGAAAAGUGAGAUCUACAAACUCGGAGAAGAGUGGAAGUGUAACGAUCGGGUGUGGGCCUACUGGACGGAGGACCACAAGUACCUAAACUCCGGCAAGGUCACUACGGUUGGCGCUGAGAUGCUUCUCUGGGAUUAGCCUGAAAGUUUUAUUAAUUCUGCCCCUGGCCCUCAAAGCUGCAAGGUCUAGGCGCAGAAACAGAAUUGGGCUCUAGUCAAUGAGGACAAGAGGUUUUGAAGGAAAGUUCUCCGGGGAUGAGUUUGUUGCUCAUGAUGGUGACCGUCGUGCAGUUUCAAAAAGUGAGAUCUACAAACUCGGAGAAGAAUGGAAGUGUGAUGAUCGGGUGUGGGCCUACUGGACGAAGGACAACAAGUACCUCAACUCCGGCAAGGUCACUGCUGUUGGCGCUGAGAAGAGCUACGUUGAGUUUGAUGAUAAAGAUAAGGGCCCAAUCCCCAACGGCUGGAUCCACAAGAUGGUAAAACACGAGACAGACAACGGCAAUGAAUCAAACCUAAGCAACAACAACUCCUGAUGAGUGCCGGCCUGUUGCUAAUGUGAAGACGGCGUCUCUCAGAGACUUUUCUCGUCCAGCACCGUACACAGCAGCUGCAUCGUGUUUUCUGCUUUACGGUCUUGUCAUUUUAUGACUUGUUCCCCAAAACGGGGAAGUUUCACCAAGACAGUUGAACAACUGACUGCAAUUAAA